AGGAGGAGACAGCACGUGCUCUAUUAAUAGGGGUGGCUCAAGGAUCCUCUCACUCAUUCCAUUUCUCUCCCAGCCUCAGCAGCACUGUGGAUGCUCCAGGAUCAAGAUGCGGACACUUUGGACUCUGGCGUUUGCGGCGCUGUUCGUUGCUCAUGAGACCGCCUGGGGAGCCAGUACAAGCUCCAAGGACUGUUGCAACAGAGAGAAUCAAUGUCAUCCAGGAGCAGGACUGAGCUGUUGUGGAACUCAGACUUACAAUCCAGAAAAGGCCACCUGCUGUACAGUAGAACAAGGAAACAAGCUAAAAGUGAACAUCACACAGGGACUAAAUGAAGCAGUGUCCUCUUGCUGUGGACUGACAGCCUACGACGAACAAGAUGUCAACAAGCUGUGUUGUGGCCCGGGUGACAACAAGACACUUCUCACAAGGACCUCCGAACAUCACUUGUGCUGCGGUCAAAAUCAGUAUAACAGCCAGACUGAGUGUUGCUGUGAGACAAAGAAAGGAGAUUUGAAGAUAAAGUCUCCUGAUUUGAAAUGUGACGUCGACAACAAAAACUGUGACUGCCAGCCUCAUGCUUCUGAUGCCAAAUGCUGUGAUCACAAUUUGUAUUACAAGGACAAGCAGUUGUGUUGUGGCAAGCAUGGUGAGAAGAAACUCUUCAACAGGACCUCCGAAUAUCACAAGUGCUGCGGUCCUGAACUGUUUGACAACAGGAUUCAGCAAUGUCAUGACUACGGCUCAAAACUGGGGCUUAAAGUUGUAAACUGCUCAGACUGUGACUGCCCGUCUAAAGCUUCUGAUGCCGAAUACUGUGAUCACGAUUUGUAUUACAAGGACAAGCAGUUGUGUUGUGGCAAGCAUGGUGAGAAGAAACUCUUCAACAGGACCUCCGAAUAUCACAAGUGCUGCGGUCCUGAACUGUUUGACAACAGGACUCAGCAAUGUCAUGACUACGGCUCAAAACUGGGGCUUAAAGUUGUAAACUGCUCAGGUGAAGAGCAGAAGAAACCUGAAGCCAGCUGCAGUGAACCAAACAGAAGUGCCUGUGGAGCAGACUGUUAUAACCCAGAUACACACGGCUGCUGCCAGAGAGACCCGAGGAGACGAGCUGCCUCCCGAUGCUGUGCCUCAGACUCAAGAGAUGUGGAAGCCACCGUGUUUGACCUCCGUACACAUGUCUGCUGGGAUGGUUGUUUAUCUGAGAAGACAAAGAGGACAAACCAACUUAAUGGCUCUCGAGGAUGUCAAGGAACAGAAGUCCGCCACCCUCAUGAUGCUGAGAUCUGCUGCGACGGAGAGAUACAUCCCAAAGGAACAAGUGCUCGCUGCUGCGGUUAUGAAGCCUUCAACAUUACAGACCCACUGAAGAAGUGCUGCGGAAAAACCCUUCACAACCUGACAGCAGCAGAUGCAGCUCUCGUGCAGUGCUGUGGAGCUUCUCUGCAAAACAAAUUGAAUCAAGUCUGUUGCUCCGGUGAGGAACAAGAGAAGGUUUACACUUCCAAGCCAGGAUUCAGAUGCUGCGGUCACCUCUACUAUAACGCCUCUGAGCAGCAGUGCUGCGCAGGGCGUCCAGUGUCCCGGUCAGGGCAGAGUCACAGCGAGGGCAACGAAGAUUGGCAGCUUCUGUCUGUUAACAGUCUGACUGAAACACAUCUUUGCCACAAAAUGUACACCGGGACCCUGAAAAGUGUGUCUCCAUGCGGCAUCGUGUUCAUUCGCGUGCUGAAGAUCCACGGAACAAAUGCCUCCGUCACUCCGCUUUCCCACUACGUCCUGGAUCCACCUGGUGGCUGCGGUCUCCCUCAGCUGACCCCCGGGAAGCAGUACCUGUUUGAUGAACACCACGUCUUUGUUGACUUCAACCAUGACGACGUUCACCACUCACUGUUUUCCAUUUUUUCAAAAUGUUGCGUAAAUGCUUGAUUUGAUUGGGUAAAACUUUACUCAUAGUUUGGUUUUAUUCCUUCACUGAUUUAUACACACAUAUAUUUUCAAUAAGGCAUUUCCUUUUUUUUUAAAUCACAUGUAUUCAAGUUUUAUCCAGUCUUUGCUUUGUAAAACUUACAACUAGCAGCUGUGGCUCGGUUUGUAGAGCGAGUCAUCUCUCAGUUGGAAGGUUGCAGCUUGGAUUCCCGAUCCCAAUGGCUGGACCGAGCACCCUGCAUGGUCGAUGCUUCCAUUGGUGCACAUGAAUGGGAUCGAUAAUGUAAAACCUUUUGAGGUUGCUCAAGCAGCUGAAAAGUGCUCUAUAAAUUGAAUCUGUUUACCACUCACUAAACAUGGGUCUGCACUCAAAUCGGCCAGUGUUAAUGCUCGUUAUCUGCCCUCAUUCUUGCCAAUUCCUGCCUCUUCUGCUGGGGGAAAUAUAAAAUAGGAAUGUGUUUACUACUAUGACCUAGUAAGGAAAGUGGGAUGUGUAAAGUACUGUAACUUAAGCAAUACCACAGUGUUCUUGAUAUUGAACUGGAGCAUUUCUUUAAUGAGCUUAAGAGAUGUGACUUGAAAUCUUGUAUGCCCAUAUUCCUAACAUGCCACAAAGCUACUGAUGAAAGUGUGUUAUUGCUGAAACCUUACUGGAAACACUAUUCAUUUCUUCAACACUACCCACAGGAGUGGUUGUAUAUGGCAACAUGUUCUCCUGUAGAAUACACUACCUGUCAGCAUUGAUGUCUAAAAUCUUUGAAAAAGAGAAAGCUAUGAAUAAUCUGUCCAUUCUGCAAGCUCGGGUUUGAUCAAAAUUUUACUGAUUUCAAUUCAUUGCUAAUGUUAUUUUAAAUAAGCUGCUGCCUGUCACAUUCAGGAGCUUUAUUAUUUAGCUAAUGUACGAGUCAAAAUCCCGUAGAGUCUACUAUUUCUGUUUACAGUAAAACGUAAUUUAAUUAAAUGUAGACUUUUUUUUCAUAAUAUCCCCGUACCUCAUUUUUAAUUAUAAGCCUGUCCAUUAAUCUGCAUUUAAAGUAAUAUAUAUUUUAUUGACCUGGCUCUCUCAAGAUCGACUUGACCUUUAUGUGACCCCUGAAGUGAAAUGAGUUUGAAACCCCUGCUCCACAGAAUCCCACUAAGGUGACACGGGACUGUAUCCACAACGUUCAUUUGCUUCUGCUCUUUGUUUCUCCUACAUGAAUUCUGCAACAACAAUUGGCAUGAUGUUCAACAUUGUUAUUCUUACAUCCUAAUCUCACUUCCAAUUUAGCAGAGGUGCUCAUCUGGAAGUAAAACUUGCUAAAGUCUUCAAGACAGACCACACAGGGAGUCUCAUGGAAUAGACACAGCCAUGCUUCAGGAGUGGACUUUAAAAGGGACUUUAAAUGUUUGAUGGAAGGGGGUACAUUCAGCGAAUUUACGAAAGAAUGCAGUUGCCGCAUUUUGCCUUCCUUUAACCAGCAUUUAUCACUACAAUAAAAUAUUCAGUAUGAUAUGUGUGGAAUAUAUAUAUAGUUGCAUGUUACAAUCUGCCUUACUAAGACUUGAAAAUGAGCGCGAAUUUUCAUAAUGAUGGAAUUUUACCUUUUAUACUGAAAGAAGUGCUCGAUAAAAAGAUUGUACAUGGGGAGGAGUUUCUCCUUCAUGCUGUCAUUGUGCAAACAUAUACUGUGCCACAAGGACAUAGGAAUUCAGGACAAUAUCAGCAGAAUGUCAUUAAACACACUCACGUGUAUUUAGUGUUUUCACACUGAAAUACAUUUACUAACAACAACAAAAUAAAGUUUCACCCAGUGUGACAACAGCAAAGAUCUAGAUCUAGAUCCAAUAACAUGCCAGGAUUAAAUAGAACAUGUCUACAGUUAUCAUUACCAUGAUUAUUAUUAUCAUUAUCUUUACUACAAGCUGUGAAACUGCCAAAGUAAAUAAAGAGGCCUGUAAUGGCAAUCAUGUUCAAAGAGUAUUGGAUGAGUCAGAAAUGAAGGCGUUGGCAGAAAUCUGAAAUACUUGAAAAGGACGGAAGUUGAAGAAUGUCAGCUGUUGUUAACUGAUCUGUGAUCUGUGUUUGGUAUAGUUUUGUCUGUGUCAAACAGCCCUGAUGUGAAAUAUAUUUAAAAAAUCUGCGAUUACAGAAAAUUUCCUAUCGCAGCGUAAACUAUUGAACAUACUUGGCAAGAUAUCGUCGGCUUUCAGGGACGUAAAUCGUCGACUGUUAAAGUUCUUCUCAGAUCAUUUGGCUGUAACACUCACAAGGAGGUGGUGCUAAUAUUUUGUUUUUGAAGUGUGACAUUUUUCAGAUAUGUGUUUUGAGCUUGCACAAUGAAAAUAAACAUUUAUUUCU